AACUAAAACCCAAAGUCAAUACUUACUUUCUCUGUUUAGGCCGAGAUUAGCUCUUCCAUUUUCAGCUCUUUUUUAAAUAAACAUGUGUAUAUGAAGCUCUCUUACAUUCAUGUCUCUUACCCAUGAAUUUUGGGAUAUGACCAGAAUUUUCAAAUUGUUAGCCAAUCUUUUCCCAUCACAUAAGAAAUUUACGGGUUUAAUUUAAACCAAUUAUAAAGUAAAAGUGUAAUUAAUAUGAGACCAAGUCAUGCAAUUCACCUUUGCCUAUUUCGAAUACUGCAUUAGUAAAUAUAGUCAUAUUAACAAAAGUUCAGCUAAUAAUUAAAAAUAACUCAAUAUAGUGCUUUUAGAACAUGAUUAACUUAAAAUCCAAACAAAAACCUAGGGCAUGUUCUUGUAAAAAAAUAUCUCGAAUUUUUGUAAGUGAAAAAACAAACCAAGAUUUUAAGGUAAAAAAACAUCUUAGUCAAAAGAAAAAACAAACCAAGAUUUUCAAAACCUUACCUUUAGACUUUAAUCCAAUGCCCUAAAACGAUCCAUCAAGAGAAUGGUGAACUAUGUGAGCGUACAACAUGACGUCAGAAAUACAAUUUCUAUUUGAUAACUUGUUCUGAAAAGACCAACUUUGAAAAUUUCCUUAUUUAUUAUCCUGAAAACGCAAAUGAUUUUAUUGCUUAUAAAUUUUACGUUAGGAAUGUUAUAGCAAAAAAGUAAUGUUUAUAGUUCAUUUAUCUUAAUUCAAUUUUCUGUCAAAGUGUCUUUAAUUCGUGUAUAUUAAUCAAACUAAAGUAAACGUCACUGUACAUUUUUUAGGAAACGAUUUGAGUAAUGAAAGUGAGGAAUUAUAACGAACAUAUUUAAUUUUUUCUAAAUCUCUUUCAACUUUAUACUUCUUUGUCUCCCUCUUUCAUCUCUAUAAAUAUAGGCACUUUUGCAUUCUCUAUGACACAUCACUCAUUUCUUUCCUCUUCUACGUCAAACCCAACCUUAAUCUAACUUUGAGAGAAUUUACCCAAAAUAAUGUAUCAAAAGACCAUAAUCUUAUUAACAAUUCUCUCAGCGUCUCUUCGUUUCUGUUCCAGCAGCUACCCAUUUGAUCCUAGAUAUGAUCAGUCCAUGUCUCCCGAUUUGUAUCUUGAAACCAAUCAUCUACAUGGUCACAUUACACGUAACAAUCACAUGAAAAAUCGCCAUGGAUAUGCUCCUGCAUCUUCUCCUCGAGCUUUUAACGUCAAAUCUUUCGGUGCUAAAGCCAACGGAAACGACGAUUCUCAGGCAUUCAAGAAAGCUUGGAACGCAGCUUGUUCAUCAACCGGGACAGUUUACGUCGUGGUUCCGAAAAGUAGAGCUUACACUCUUAAGUCGGUCAAAUUCUCCGGUCCAUGCAAAUCAUCAUUGAUUGUUUUUAAGAUUUACGGAAAGAUUGAGGCAUGGAAAGAUCCAUCAGCCUACAAGGAACGUAGGCUCUGGAUUGUUUUUGAAGCUGUAAAUAACCUUCGUGUUGAAGGAGGUGGACGCAUCGACGGUAAUGGAAAUAAAUGGUGGCCAAAUUCUUGCAAGAUCAAUCCUAAUCUUCCAUGCCUGGGUGCUCCAACGGCGGUUACGUUUGUGGAGUGCAAGAACUUGAUGGUAAGUAACAUUAGGUUGGAAAACGCACAGCAAAUGCAUAUGACGUUUCAGGAUUGCGAAAACGUGAAGGCUUUGAAUCUUAUGGUCACCUCUCCGGGUAAUAGUCCUAACACUGAUGGGAUUCACGUUACCGGAACUCGCAAUAUCCUCAUUCAAGAUUCUAUCAUCCGUACUGGUGAUGAUUGUAUAUCGAUAGUGAGUGGGUCGGAGAAUGUGAGAGCGACGGGCAUUACAUGCGGACCAGGUCAUGGAAUCAGCAUUGGGAGUUUGGGAGCAAAUAACUCAGAAGCAUAUGUUUCAAAUGUGGUGGUCAACAAAGCGACUCUUAUAGGAACCACUAAUGGUGUGAGAAUCAAGACUUGGCAGGGAGGACAUGGAGUGGCAAAAAAUAUCAUAUUCCAAGACAUCAUAAUGAAAAACGUCACGAACCCAAUAAUCAUCAACCAGGACUAUUGUGAUCGUGUUGAAUCAUGUCCCCAACAGAAAUCUGCGGUGCAAGUAAGCAAUGUGUUGUACAAAAACAUACAAGGGACGAGCUCAAGACCCGUAGCUGUUAAAUUUGAGUGCAGCAAAAGCAUCCCAUGUCAAGGCAUUUCAAUGCAAAACGUUAAACUAGUCGACCAAACUCAACAAGAUGUCGUCUCAACAGCUUCAUGCUCCAAUGUGAAGCUGGACACUAAAGGACACGUUUCUCCUAUUUGCACUUGAUAACUUUUGAUCUCCUCCCAAUUAAGAACCACAUAGAAGUUGGUCAUUUUCUCUUAAAUUAUUACAGUUUGGUCGUGAGUUAUGUAUAUAUAGACCAUGUUUGAAGUAUCAUGAGUUAUUCAAUGAAAAGGUAAUUAGAGUUGAGAUUA